UCAACCUGUAUAUAAAUAGAGAAUAGUUUCAGAAAAAUUUAACAAACCUAUAUUGUAAAGAGAUUUAUUUGUAACUGUUGAAAUUAAUCUAUUUUUCAAAGAUGCCUCGUGGAACACUUCAUGUUAAUUUGAUAUCUGCCAAAGGCCUAAACAACAAUGAUUUUCUCACCAAUGUAGAUCCUUAUGUCAUUCUCACAUAUCGCUCACAGGAGCACAAAAGCAGUGUGGCACAAGGUGCUGGAUCCAACCCAAAGUGGAAUGAGACAUUUCUUUUUACAGUUUCUGAUGAUGUUUGUGAAAUUGAUAUGAAAUUAAUGGAUGAAGAUGGUUUUACUCAAGAUGAUUUUCUUGGCAGGGCAAUAAUUCCUUUCCAUUCAGUGUUUUAUGAGGGUAUCAUCCCAACAGCUGUUUACAGUGUAGUUAAUGACAAUAAAGAAUAUUGUGGAGAGAUUCAUGUGGCUUUCACUUUUACUCCUGAGGAAUGAUUGUGAUUUGUGAUGCGAUCCAAAUCAUGGAAGACUCGACAACAACUGAAGUGGAUCCAAUACAAAAGUAAGAAGAUGAGACAAAAUAGCAAGGCUCAAGGAAAAUUAAGCGUUUAGGAUAGAUGAAGGAUUGUCAAAUUUAUUAGAAAUGCAUCUUGUAUUUUUUUUUUCUUUUUCUAUUUAGCAAUUUG